CUAUCCAACUGGCCAAUACAAUAAACCUUUCUUCAACUUAGUUUAGUUCUUAAAAUCAGUAGAAAAUAAAUUUCGAAGUUUAGGACAAUGGCUGAAGAUAAUUCUUGGGUUUUUGAUUCGUUGGUAUGUUUCCUACAUGGCCCUAUUUGGAAUGCUCCUCUACAAACAUUCAUAGAGGAAAAAUCAUUAAUCUUUGAUCCAAAUAUCCAGCCGGAUGAAUCAAAUCCCGAAUACACAAAAAUCCACGAUGAAUACAAAAAUCUGGUUGAUUUUAUGUUGGGUAGUUUUAUGGAAGAAAUGCAAAUUACUCCUGAACAAUUUGAAAUUGCUUGUCUGGAAGGACGUAAUCAAAAAGGCGAAAGCUCAUUUAAUUUCCAUCAGGGACUUUUUCAGCAGAUUUGGGCAGCAAAUGAUAUUAAAAUGUUCAUCCGAAUGAUGACUCAACGCAAUGUAGAAAUUCAAUUGCAAGCUUUGGAUAUAAUUGAAAGAAGACAACAAUCAAUGUCCUCGGAAAAGGACGAUUCCCAAGAAGACCAAUUAAAAGAAGAAACCCUUGAGGGAUUUCCUGAAGCUGAGGAAUUAAUAGCAAAGUCAGUUGAAAAAGAUUUUGCUACACCAGAGGCAUCAGUUACCCCGGAUGAGCCCGAAGUUGCUGAUAAAUUUGAAAGACUCAAUAUAUUCUUUGAACAUCAAAAGAUUGACCCUGAAGACAUUCAAUCUCGACAAGAAUAUCUUCGUCAACAGAGAGACAAGAUAAUUGCGAUUAAGAAGAAAACUCGCACUAAGCAAUUAAAUGAUUCAACUGAAAAAAGCGAUCGGCCUUCAUCUGCACAAGUGGCACAAAAGAUCCUUGAUGGAAAUUCUGAGGAAGUCUUGGGUAGUGCUGGUAACUCAGAAAGGAAUACAGCAUCUAUGCAACUUCGUAAGACUUUAGCAAGACGUCUGCGUACUGAAGUUGUAGAACAACAAUCCUAGAAGGAUGCUUUCAAACAUGUAUUAAAGAGU